GAACUAGAGUUAGAAUUAGAAAAUGAUGAAUCUACAGAGCCAAUUUAUACUACUAUUCAAGUUGGAAAUACCUUUUCUCAACUUGAUAAACAACUUAUAGCAAAUAUUAAAAUAGAAAAU